AUGCUAGAGCACCAGGACAACAUGGAAAUCUUAAUCAACUUGACAUCCAAAUUUCCAACCUUCUUGUUGACUGGCAUUCCUGGCCUACAGUCUGUCCAUGCCUGGAUCUCCAUCCCGUUCUGCUAUCUCUAUGCCAUUGCCCUCUCAGGGAAUGGCUUGAUCCUGUGUAUCAUCAUUACCCAGCAGAGUCUCCACAAGCCCAUGUACUAUUUCCUCUCCAUACUGUCAGUUGCUGACCUGGGCUUGACUGUUUCUACAAUGUCAACAACUUUACCCAUCCUCUGGUUUGAUGCAAGUGAAAUCAGUUUAGAUACUUGCAUUAUCCAGAUGUUUUUCCUUCAUGGAUUCACCUUCAUGGAGUCUGGGGUGCUGGUGGCCAUGGCCUUUGACCGAUAUGUGGCAAUCUGUGAUCCCCUGAGGUAUGUCACCAUCCUCACUAAUUCCAGAAUCAUUCAGAUGGGUGUCCUGAUGAUUGUACGUACUGUGGUAUUAAUAGUACCACUACUUUUGCUCCUUAAGCAUCUCUCUUUCUGUAGAGCUAAUGCCCUCUCCCACUCCUACUGUUACCAUCCAGAUGUGAUUAGAUUAGCAUGUUCAGAUACUCAGGCCAACAGCAUCUGUGGAUUAAUUGAUCUCAUCCUGACCACAGGGAUAGAUACACCAUGCAUUGUGCUGUCUUACAUCCUGAUUAUUCGCUCUGUCCUCAGGAUCGCCUCCCCUGAAGAGUGGCACAAGGUCUUUAGCACCUGUACAUCGCACAUGGGAGCAGUUUGUGUUUUCUACAUCCCCAUGUUGAGCCUGUCCUUGCUGCAUCACUAUGGACAGUCAGCCCCCAAACUAGUCCACUCGAUGAUGUCUAAUAUAUACCUGCUUCUGCCCCCUGUACUCAAUCCCAUUAUCUACAGUGUAAAAUCCAAACAGAUCUGCAAAUCUAUACUCAAUCUGCUCCUUACAAAAUAA